GCUUCCAGCCCGGCCGCCCCCAGGUGCAGGCUCUCCUGCUCCUCCUCCUCCUCCUGCUGCUCUUCCUCCUCCUUUCCUCCUCCCCGGGCCUCGUCCCGAGCCUCCCCCGCCCGGCGGUCGUGGGAAGGGGCCGGGCUAGGCCUUGACGUCGGUGCGGGGCUCGGAAGAUGGCUGCGAAGCCGGUCCCCGGGCCACGGUUGCGGUGGCCGGCGGGCUACCAGGCCGGCCGGGGCUCCGCCUUGCCCGCGGAGGACUGAGCCCGAGGGAGACCCCGGCCCCGGCCCCCCCCAUCCCCACCGCCACGACCCCCACCGCCCCCCAGCACCAUGAGCGGCGCCGAGGACGCGGUCAAAGAGAAGCUGCUGUGGAACGUGAAAAAGGAGGUCAAACAGAUCAUGGAGGAGGCUGUCACCAGGAAGUUUGUGCAUGAAGACAGCAGCCACAUCAUCGCUCUGUGUGGUGUGGUGGAAACCUGUCUCCUGCACCAGCUGAGGCGCAGGGCUGCUGGCUUCCUUCGCAGUGACAAGAUGGCGGCGCUCUUCACCAAGGUAGGGAAGACGUGCACCGUGGCCGCGGAGAUCUGCCGCAAGGUGCAGGAACUGCAGCAGCAGGUGGAGGGCAGGAAGUCCGCAGCAGGGGGGCAGGAGGUGCUCCGGAGACAGGGCUCGGCUGCAGGGAAAGCCCCGGCCCUCAGCCCCCAAGCCCUGCGGCAUAUCUGGGUACGCACGGCGCUCAUCGAGAAGGUGCUGGACGCAAUCGUGCAAUACAUCGUUGAGAACUGCAGCAAAUACUACGAGAAGGAGGCUCUGCUGGCAGACCCCGUGUUUGGCCCCAUUCUGGCCUCGCUCCUCGUGGGCCCCUGUGCCCUGGAGUACACCAAGCUGAAGACGGCUGACCACUACUGGACAGACCCCUCUGCAGACGAGCUGGUCCAGAGACACCGGAUCCGCGGUCCUCAUGGCCGUCAGGACUCACCCUCCAAACGCCCAGCCCUAGGAAUCCGGAAGCGGCACUCGAGCGGCAGCACAUCGGAGGACCGGUUUGCUGCAUCGGCCCGAGAAUACGUGGAGUCCCUGCACCAGAAUUCCCGCACACACCUGCUGUAUGGCAAGAAUAACGUGCUGGUGCAGCCGAAAGAGGACAUGGAGGCCAUCCCCGGGUACCUCUCCCUGCACCAGUCUGCGGAGAGUUUGACGCUGAAGUGGACCCCCAACCAGCUCAUGAAUGGGACCCUGGGAGACUCGGAGCUGGAGAAAAGCGUGUAUUGGGACUAUGCCCUGAUUGUGCCCUUCAGCCAGAUUGUCUGCAUCCACUGCCACCAGCAACAGAGUGGCGGUACAUUGGUGCUGGUGAGCCAGGAUGGUAUCCAGAGGCCUCCCCUGCACUUCCCUCAGGGCGGCCACCUCCUGUCCUUCCUGUCUUGCCUGGAGAAUGGACUCUUGCCCCGGGGGCAGCUGGAGCCUCCCCUCUGGUCCCAGCAGGGAAAGGGGAAAGUGUUCCCGAAACUGCGGAAGCGGAACAGCACCAUGCGGUCAGUGGAUCUGGAGGAGAUGAUGGACGAGGGACGGGCCACGGACUACGUGUUCCGGAUCAUCUACCCUGGCCAUAGGCACGAGCACAUCACUAUUAACUACCACCACUUAGCGGCCAGCCGCGCGGCCUCGGUGGACGAUGACGAGGAAGAGGAGGAUAAACUGCACGCAAUGCUCUCAAUGAUCUGCUCCCGGAACCUCACAGCUCCCAAUCCGAUGAAAGAUGCCGGCGACAUGAUCGAGAUGCAGGGCUUCGGACCGAGCCUGCUGGGCUGGCAGCUGGAGCCUCCCUGUAGCCAAGGCUCCUCCUGCCUGUCCUGCUCCAGCGGCAGCUCACCCUACGACCCGCCCACAUACUGCAGCUGCGCCCAUGACAGGACGCCCCUGCGGUUGCUGUGCGAGAGCAUGAAAAGGCAGAUCGUGUCACGGGCUUUUUACGGAUGGCUGGCCUACUGCCGCCACCUGUCCACAGUGCGCACCCACCUGUCGGCCCUGGUUCACCAUUCCAUCAUCCCCCCGGACCGGCCCCCGGGGGCCACUGGGGGACUCACCAAGGAUGUGUGGAGCAAGUAUCAGAAGGACAAGAAGAACUACAAGGAACUGGAGCUUCUGCGGCGGGUCUACUACGGAGGCGUGGAGCACGAGCUCCGCAAGGAUGUGUGGCCCUUCCUGCUCGGCCACUACAAGUUCGGCAUGAGCAAGAAGGAGAUGGACCAGGUGGACGAGGCCGUGGCCGGGCAGUACGAGCGAGUGCUGGCCGAGUGGAAGGCCUGCGAGGUGGUGGUGCGGCAGCGGGAGCGGGAGGCCCACCCGACGGCCCCCUUCACCAAGUUCUCCUCAGGCAGCAGCAUCGACAGCCACGUGCAGCGCCUCAUCCACCGCGACUCCACCAUCAGCAAUGAUGUGUUCAUCUCCGUGGACGAGAUGGACCAGCCGGGGCCGAGGGGCUCCGAGGAGUCGGCCCCGGGCACGGUGCUGGGUGGAGGGACGCCGGUGGCCGCCGUUGCCGCCGCCCCCCCCGGGAUGGAGCCGCAGCCGUCAGUGGAGUUCGACUCACCCGACUCGGGGCUGCCGUCGUCGCGCAACUACUCCGUGACUUCGGGAGUCCAGUCCAGUAUCGACGACGGCCAGAGCGGGGGCUUCGAGGAAGAUGAGGACGAAGGCGCCGGGGAUGGGGAGGGGCCCCUGCCGGCCCUGGCCCCGGCCCACGACCCCCCAGGGAGCCCCCGGGAAAAGGAAGAGGAGAAGGAGGAACAGCCCCCGCCGCAGCCGCUGACGACCGGGGAGGAGCUGGCCGCCGUCUGCACCGCGGCCUACACUAUAGAGUUACUGGACACCGUGGCCUUAAACCUGCAUCGGAUAGACAAGGACGUGCAGCGCUGUGACCGCAACUACUGGUACUUCACCACCGCCAACCUGGAGAAGCUGCGAAACAUCAUGUGCAGCUAUGUGUGGGAGCACCUGGACGUGGGUUACGUGCAGGGCAUGUGUGACCUCCUGGCACCACUCAUGGUCAUCCUGGAUAACGACCAACUGGCCUACAGCUGUUUCAGCCAGCUCAUGAAGAGGAUGAGCCUGAACUUCCCCAACGGAGGAGCCAUGGACACCCACUUCGCCAACAUGCGGUCACUCAUCCAGAUCCUGGACUCUGAACUGUUUGAAUUGAUGCACCAGAACGGUGACUACACUCACUUCUACUUCUGCUACCGUUGGUUCCUGCUUGACUUCAAGAGAGAGCUGCUGUACGAGGACGUGUUUGCUGUGUGGGAGGUGAUCUGGGCCGCCCGCCACAUCUCAUCGGAGCACUUUGUCCUGUUCAUCGCCCUGGCCCUGGUGGAGGGCUAUCGGGAGAUCAUCCGUGACAACAACAUGGACUUCACCGACAUCAUCAAGUUCUUCAACGAGAUGGCAGAGCACCACGACGCCCAGGAGAUCUUACGGCUGGCGAGGGAGCUGGUCCACAGAGUGCAGACACUCAUCGAGAACAAGUGAGCGGUGGCGGUGGCAGCGACAGCAGCGGGAGGAGGAGUCCGGGCCCAGCUGGGGAUUCCCGGGCCAGCCCCGGGCCCGGGGGAUGGGAAGGGAGGGGAGGAGCUGACCUCGGGGCCUGGCAUUCCAGACACUGGCCCUCCGGACACUGGCCUUCUGGACACUGGCCCCACGGCAUCUUCCAUGUAAUGCAGGCCAACAAGCGAUUCUGAGCAGGGAAA